UACUGGCACGGACCUAAAACGAAUCUUUACCCUAAUAACAACAACAAUAAUAAUGCAACUAGGACGACAACGACGACUGAUACCGAGUGACACACUAUCACCACCACCACCGCCACCUCGACCAACACCACUGCCAUGCCCAGACAAGACCAAUCCUCCUACCAGAUGGUGCUUGUGGUCAUGUGUGUGGGAGUGUUGUCAGCUUUAGCCAGCCUGGGCGACACAGCCGACACAGCCUCCCUCACCACGCGUCCCGAGGAUCCACUACAGCCGGUCUGGAACAGCCUGGACGCCAUCCCUGCUCAGGUUCUGGCCGGCUUCAAGGGACAGAUCGAAAUCUUGAGUCGUAGUUCUGAAGCUUCACUGCUAACGGUUCGUACCCACCUCUCUACGCUGGAGGCCAACUUGAAGAAAAAAAUUGAGACUCUUGGUGAAGACACGGGUGACUUAGUGACCGACAGGCUAGUUAACGCCGAGGCUUUGAUUCUCGAGGACAUCAAUAAAUUAGCCGCGACCCUGACCUCAUUGACCCAAAAGUGUGACCUCUGUGCGGUGGCCGUACAGUCACACCAAGAAACUCAAGAAUCAACCAGGUGCUCCGAUGAAGCUGCAUCGGCCAUGGCGAGGAUGGAGGCGACUGUGGCGAGAGUCGAGGCGGCGGCGAUAAAAAUGGACAGAACAGCGGAGAGGGUGGAUGAAACAGCAGUGAAAGUGGAUGAGGUGGCGAGGAAGGUGGACGAAAUAGCAACAAGGAUGGAGGAGGUGGAAGCAAGGAUCAAUGAUGGAAAAGCGAGGGUGGAGGCGGUGGCGGCGAGGGUGGAAGAGGUGGAAGCAAGGAUCAGUGAUGGGACAGCGAAGGUGGAGGAGGUGGCGGCGAGGGUAGAAGAGGUGGCAGCAAGGGUGGAGAAGGCUACAUUGUAUGUGGAAGAGGCGGCAAGCAAGGCACAGCAGUCUGCUAUCGGCAUCACAGGCGUCACCACACCAACCAACACGACCAGUCCCCGCUACUAUCCACUGGACUGUGCAGACAUACACUGGCGUCAGCCCGAUGCCCCGAGCAAAGUGUAUCUCACCUACCCAACACUCGAACCACAGGCUCCCGUCAGUGCCUUCUGUGACAUGGGUCUGAGCGAGGCCAAGGAGACAGGCGGGUGGACUGUGGUGCUAAGGCGACAAAACACUUCCUGGGGACUAGAAAACUUCAACAGGUCAUGGGCGGAGUACACCACAGGGUUUGGGCAGCCAGGCAAGGGUGAGUGGUGGUACGGCCUGGCGCCCUUGCACGCCCUCACGUUCCGCCAGCAGUACGAGGCAGUCUUCCUCCUGCAUGACAUCGAGCAAGGCACCUUCAUUGCCACCUACACCACGUUCAGGGUGGAGAAUGAGGACCGCGCCUUCCGCCUUGCUGUGGACGGCUUCUCAGGCAACGUGAGCCAUGACGCACUCUCGGCCAUGCACCACGGGCGACCCUUCAGCACCUACGACAGGGACAACGACGGCCUCUCGACGGGAAGCUGCGCCGCUAAUAAUGGAGGAGGCUGGUGGUACGAACGCUGCCACCGAGCCGCCCUCACCGCCACCUUCCCUGAAGGUCCUGAUCGCGAUGCACGCACCAUCCGCUGGAACACACCCGAGCUCUGGCUGGUGCUGGACGACGUGAUGCUCAAGAUAAGGCCUAGCAACUACAGCCACAGGUUCACAGAGUAUGCGGACGGUGAAUAACUGACUCAAGUACCCAAAACACAGUGAAGGUACAACCCGCCUAAGACGGACCGUGAAAGACUGUGACGAUGCGAGCUUCUAACACACAGACGUGACUAAAUGUAACGGUACAAUCCACCCACGAGGGCAGCAUUUCAGUUUUCCUUAGGGUGCGGCAAACUCAAUACCUAGGGCAUUCCCCGCUAGUGCCACGUAGGCUGGGGAAUUGACUGCAGAAGCCUUCACCGUAUUGACCCAUAUCAUGGAAAAAUUUAGUGACCAUUUCAAAAUUCAUGACCACGCCAUUGAAUUCAAUACAUUAAUCUAGUAUGUAAUGUAUUAGGACAAUUACUGGAAUAAUUAAGUUUGUUUGGUGAAAUUAUUUUGAUAUCAGAGGAAAGUAUGUCUCUUUUUAUAAUUCAAGCUAUGAUUGUGUGUAUGUAUUUCUUCCUUUUUGAGAAAAAGCAAUACCUAGUUUUGUUUCCUCAUGACUCAUCUUUUGGGAUCUAGCGAUUUGGUAGAAAAAAAUUGAGUAGAUUUUAUAAUUUUGAUGUCAGUUUUACACUUCAUUGUCCUGGCAUGCUCUAGGAUAUGGGUAUGUAAAUGUUUAAUCUCAGUAAAUUUAUUUUCUAUACUAAAAAAUGUAUACUUUGCUUCCUAAUGUAUUAAAGAUUAAAUUUGAAGAUUAUAUAUGUUGUAAUGUUAUUUCUUUCUUUGUAUUUUUAAUUACCAUAGUUAAUCAAAUAAUUAUUUUUUUAUGUUUCACCUAAGGGAGCUGGUAGACUUUUGGUGGGGCCCGGUGGUCAACUCCUGCCUGUUAUGGUGCAGGCAUGCAAGUGUUUAUAGUGGUGCCAUCUUCCCUGGCUCAUGCUGCCCCAUGGAGCUCAUAUCAGGUUGACAGAGGGCCUAUUCUUACCUAUAGAAUGUCUUUGCAGCUCUCACACACCAUAGUCAUGUGACGUGGACAAGUGUGAUUCUUGCAGAUGCCACAGACACUCCGGACCUUCGUCUGCGACCUUGAAUAGGGGCAUAGAGCACACCUCUUGUUCGUACGAGGGCCUUCCUCCUCCUCCUCUUCUGCUGGAGCUGGUGGCUGGCUGAAGGUCAAAGCACAGGCAUAUGGUGUUCUUCACAGCAGAAAAGGGUCGAAAGCAUCACCAGUAUCUUGUUGGCGGUGGGGAGGCUGAGUUGGGGUGGUGGCAUGGGGCAGGGAGGGAGGGGGAGGGUGACCACUCCCCUCUUUAGCCAUUCCUGAUGACCCCAGUUGCACGCCCGACAACACCUGGGGAGGAACGAUACAACACGUCAUCACAGGACAAGAUGCGUUGUCGAACGGAGCUUUGGGAUCCUCAAGUCAAGGUGCAGGUGCCUACAUAAGUCAGGAGGAAGUUUGCAGUAUGACCCCAAGAAGACUAUGAAGAUUGCGACUUCUUGUAUGCUCCUGCACAACUACUGAGUGGAUCGCUGCAGAAGAAGUACCAGUUCAGCCUGUGAGAAACAAGAGACUGAUUCCUGGUCAAGUUGUCAGGCAGGAAAUUAUUAGAAACUUAUUUUCCUGAGUAUAGGUAGGCAUUAUGUAGACCUUGCAGUUAGGAAUAGAUUACUUUCAAAUGUAAAUGUGCAGAACUCACAGUCGGAGGCAUAAGAACAAAACAAGAAAUCAUAAUGGCCACACGUUCGGCAUUCUUGAUCAUAAUUUAUAUGGCGAUUAUUAUUAAUAUGUAAUUAAUAUCAG